AUGGACAAGAUUACUGGAUUCUCUGAUGAUGAAUUGCUCGUGAAGAUCCUAUCGUUUCUUCCGACAAAAUUUGCUAUAACAACGAGUGUUUUGUCGAAGCGAUGGAAGUUUCUUUGGAUGCGGGUGCCAAAACUUGAGUACGAAAUGAGCAUGUAUUCUUCAGAAUUUUACCAUCGAUAUUUGUUCCCUGAGGAAGGUGACAGCGAAACCUAUUCUAUAGAGUUGGAAAGAUGCGAGAGGAUGCGGUGUUUUAUUGACAAGAAUCUGCCAUUACAUAGCUCUCCGGUCAUAAAGAGCUUGAAACUCACGUUUUACAAUGAACUUUUUCAACCUGAAGCUAUCAAACUGUGGGUUGAAAUUGCAAUCUCUCGUUGUGUUGAGGAGCUAAGCGUUGCAUUUUCUAGUUUAAAGGGAAAACUUAAUGUAGUAAUGCCGAGUAGCUUGUAUACUUGCAAAUCACUUGUGACGUUGAAACUAACCAACGGCAUUUACGUGGAUGUUCCUCAUGUUUUCUGCCUCCCCUCCUUGAAAACUUUGCACCUUCGACAUGUGAUAUACGCAGAUGAAGAAUCUCUUCAACGGCUUUUAUCUAAUUCCUCUGUUUUGGAAGAUCUAGUUAUGCAACUAUAUCCAUAUGACAAUGUGAGAAAGUUUGCUGUAAUCAUCCCGUCAUUGCUUAGUUUAUCCUUUAGGAUAUCUGAAUCUGAUAUGGGUGCUUCUAAAGAGUUUAGGAUAGAUACUCCUUCUUUGAAAUAUUUCACAGUUUUCUGUAAAAGUUCAUUCGGCUUGAUUGAGAGUAUGCCUAAGCUGGAGGAGGCAAAUAUCACUGCUAGUCACAAUAUCAAGAAGCUUCUUGAGCUUGUCACAUCUGUCAAGCGUCUUUCAUUGACAAUCAUGCACGACAAUGCAGAGGCUCUCACUGCUGUAUAUGCUAAGGAUAUUGUCUUUAAGGAGCUUGAGCAUCUGAAGUUUCGUAUCCAUCACGCAUAUUGGUCGAAGGUACUACACUGGUUGCUCAUAGCUUCACCAAAACUACGAAAAUUAGAGUUCGAUGAACAUUUUUCACGUGAUGGUAUGGACACAUUGGUGUGCUGGAAGCAACUGAAUAGUGUUCCUCAAUGUUUGUUGUCGAGUCUCCAAACUUUCAAGUGGACAUGCUACCAGAUCUCUGUAGAAUGUAAAGAUCUGGUGAAAUAUAUCUUAAGAAAGUCUUGCCAGUUAAAGACUGCAAAAAUUGUGUUUGGACGAGGGUUGGAUCCACAAAAGAAGUUUGAGACGGAGACGGAGGUGAAAUUUUGUUUCCGUGCUUCACCCAUCGUAAUUCUCUCGACGGCUGAGGAGUCUUGCGAAUCAAGAUUACUGACAGCUUUGAAAUUUCUCUAUUAG